AGUCAUACAAAAAUGGAUGAAGAAGAAAUAAACUGUACAUUUGCAGUAAUAGGAGGGGGUAUUGCUGGUGUAUCUUGUGUUGAAAGCAUAUGUUUUCUUGCUCCAGAGGCAAAUACUGUUUUAAUUACAGCUAGUCCCUUAGUAAAAGCAGUUACAAAUAUAGUUUCACUUGGUAAAACAUUAAUGCAAUUCAAUGUCGAAGAGAAGGAUGCAGCAUCUUUAACAAAGACAAAUGAUUCAUUAAAAAUUAUUAAUGACUGUGUUAUUAAAAUAAAUAUUUCAACUAAACAAAUACUCACUAAAAAUGGUAGAAUCAUAACAUAUAAAAUGUUAUGCCUUUGCAAUGGUGCUAGGCCAAAACUUAUAGCAGAAAAUAAUAACAACGUUUUAGGAAUUCGAGAUACCGAGUCCGUUGUUCAGUUUUCUCAGAAAAUGAAAGAUUCAAGAAGAAUUAUAAUAGUUGGAAAUGGUGGUAUCGCCACCGAAAUUGUGCACGAAGUGGAUGGUAUUGAAAUGAUAUGGGUAAUUAAAGAUAAACAUGUUUCUGCAACGUUUGUUGAUCCUGGAGCUGCAGAAUUUUUUAUGGAUAGAGUACACAAAGUAGAUGUAUCUGGAAAUGCUAAUACAACUACUCUAACUAAAAGAAUGAGAUACACAGUAUCUGACACAGGAGUUGUAAAAGAUGGACCAGCUUUAGGUCCUGAUUGGCACAACAAUUUUGAUAUAAAAAGUACUGCCUUUAAAUCUGCAAAAGUACAAGUUGAAUAUGAGUGUGAAGUACUGAAGAUUCUCAAUGAGUUUGAGAAAGCAGAAUUUAAUCCUACAGAGGAAUGGCCAGUGUAUGUUGAAUUAACAAAUGGAAAAAUUAUUGGUUGUGAUUUUAUUGUGUCAGCAACAGGUGUAAUACCAAACUCUAAUAUACUAGGAUUAGAGGAUCUCAAAAAAGCAGAGGAUGGUGGGUUAUUAGUGGAUUGGAAAUUAGAAACCUCAGAACACGAUAUAUAUGCUGCUGGAGAUGUAUGCAGUGCAGGGUGGGACUUAGCAAAACACUGGUUCCAAAUGAGACUGUGGACCCAAGCUCAUCAGAUGGGACGUUAUGCAGCAAAAUCAAUGGUUUCCACAUUGAGAAAUGCGGAGUUUUUGCAAGAUUUUUGUUUCGAAAUUUUUACUCAUGUAACGAAAUUCUUUGAUUAUAAAGUAGUUCUGAUUGGUUUGUAUAAUGGACAAAAAUUAAACAAUAAAUAUGAAAUUCUGUUACGUAUGACUAAAGGAAAGGAAUACAUAAAACUAAUAUUGGAAGAUGGUAAAAUGCAAGGAGCAGUAUUGAUCGGGGAUACUGACUUGGAAGAAACGUGUGAGAAUUUAAUACUGAAUCAGCUGGACUUAAGUAUUUAUGGAGAAGACUUACUGAAUCCGGACAUUGAUAUUGAAGAUUAUUUUGAUUAGUUGUAUAUUACAAAUAAACUGAAUAAACUUGUUCAUGUCAUGUUUUUGUAGCUUGUAUCAUUA